AUGCAGUCGCUGAAAGCCCUGGCCCAGUCCACGCUGGGCGAGAUCAAGGAUGCCUUAGUCGAUGCCGUAGGAGACGACGAUGACGAAGAAGAUGGGCAUCAAAGCUACGCGCCAGACGCACGGAUCCCGACACCUAGCCCUCUGAAUUCGUUUGAGCAAGCAACCUUGAAAGGUGAAGAUUCAGUGUGUGCAUCUGUAUCUGGGGACUCUGAGGCUGACCCAUGCCAGCACGAGCAACAUGAAGCAUUAAAAGAGUUUGCAGAGCUCUGCGAACUCCCAGGUCUGAAACACAGCUUGCAGCUUCUCGGCACCAGCUCUGAGGCUUCGCAAGAUCUAACUCAGGCUAUCUCGGAGAAGGGUGCCGAGUUGUCCACUGCGCAAGUGGCGAGUUGGUGUUGCAAAGUCUUAAGGCAGGCAUUGCCCCAAAUCGCACUCGAAGCUGGUUCGUCGCAUGCCCCCGAAACAAAGCGGCUGCUGACAUCAUUCAACGAGCGCUACGAGAAGUUGCUUGAGGAGCACAUGGCACUCCAGAGGAGAUGUCGAGAUCUGACAUCAAAGAAUGUUCAGUUUGAAGCUUUGGCGCAGCAAGCCGAGGCUUGGCAGAGUGCACACCAAGCAGCCAUUUGUCGCGUAGAGCAGCUUUCUUCCGAGAAUGCAGAGCUCAAGGAGCAAAUGGCGUCUUUGCGACGACAAGGCAUUGAGUCAAAGGAGCGCUCGCAGCUGCAACAACUUCUCCGACAGAAAGAUGCAGAGCUGCAGGCUUCCGCAGAGGCUCUGCAAAAGCUGGAGGAGAUCAUGGAGGAACAGGGCGCGCUGCAUGAGCAGAACGCCAGCUUGAAGCGCGAGCUCCGCGAGCUCCAGGCGCCACGAGCCACAGCCUCUCAGGGCGGAGCCGCCGCCGUUGCGGCUGCCGCGGCUGCCGCGGCUGGGGUUCAAAAAGUAUUUCCAGAUGAGCAGAGAGAAUCUCUCUCGGUUGACUUGUCGGUGCUUUCAAGUCGGUGUAACGCUGCAGAGGCGGAGUUGAAGGAGACGUCUGCAGCUCUGGAGGUUCUGUUAGAAGAGAAGGGACGCAGACUUGAAGACCAAGAGUUUUUGGUGGAUCGGCGGCUGGUCGCCUCCAUGCUUGCACUGUAUCACGAGCACCUUGCUUCCGGGCAGCGAGCCUUGGCUGAGCAGGUUUUAGCUCAAGCACUUCAUGUGCUUGGCGGUGUGCCAGAGGAGGCCCAAAAAAGUCGUGCACAAGUGAAAGCUGCAGCGGCAGCUGCUGAAGCCCGGCUUGCUGAGCCACUCGGCAAUGCUUUCUUGGAUUUCCUGGAGAAGGAGGCUAGGAAUUCUGUACAGGCGGAUUCUGAUGAUCUGAUCCAAGAGAAGCGUGUGGCAGAGGCCCCCGAGUCUUUGCAGUGA